AGAGGGACACGCUUAGAAAAAGUCUCCUCAUUAACUAAUGAGCAGCAGCAUACACACACACACACACACACACACGCAGAUUAUCUCAUCCCACUUUCCACUUUUUAUCACCUCACUGCACUCUCCUCACACUGCUGUCAUCUCUCAUCGUUGAUGAAGUGAAGAGUUCUGCUGGUGGCUCAUCUUUCCUCUUUUGGCUCCAACAUGGAGGCGGUGGCACUUUUCUCCUUUGCAGCAUCCGAAGCGGAUGAGAUCAGCUUUCAGAAAGGCGACAUGGUCAAGGUGAUAGAAAUGGAGGAGGAUUCUUGCUGGUUCACAGCAGAGGUUGAGGGCAAACGAGGCUACGUGCCAGAGAAUUAUAUUUCCCUUCUUCCACAUCCGUGGUUUGCAGGACGGGUGUCGAGACUGGAGGCGGAGCGGCGUCUGCACUGGCAGGACAGCGGUGUGUUUGUGGUGAGGGAAAGUGAGUCAGCUCCCGGAGAGUUCUCUGUAUCCGUUAGCUAUGGCGACCGGGUGGAACAUUUCCGAGUACUCGAAGGGGGCGGUCAGUAUUGCAUCUGGGACGAGGCCUUUUGCUCCCUGAACCGCUUGGUAGACUUCUACAGGACUCACAGCAUCGCAGUGGAGAAGGUGGUCUGCCUCAGAGACGCUCCCUCAGACAUAUCCCCUCACUCUGUGUCGCAGUUUGGACAUAACCCUUAUCCCAACCCUUAUAAAAGCACCUCUCUGGAGUCCCUCCCCUCAGCCCGCAUUCAAGGCCCUCACCCCCUGAGAGAGUCGUCCUCCAUGCAGCUGCUGGAACACGUUUUGGGGAAACCUCGAUUGGCUCAUGCGCUGUGUGACUACACCCCGUCGCACACCGCCCACCUACACUUCCUGCGUGGUGACAUAAUCGACCUUCUGGAUUGCUCCAGCUCUAGGUGCUGGAGAGGACGCUGUCACGGGCGUGUUGGAGUCUUUCCGCCGCAAUGCGUCCAACCGCUAUACCACUAACAUAUCAUAUCAAACCAUCACUCUAGCUGUGUCACUGCCACUCAAAUACCAUGGACCCCCCUUUUGGGUGAACCAGUAAUCAAACAAUACAGUGGAACCUCACAAGGUGCAACAGUUUCUGUCGCAGUUUCGCAAAGCUACACUCGCUAGCAUUCUUUACACAGUGGUGUCCAAAGUGCGGCCAGGGGGUUUGGUCUAGAUACCACUGAGGAAAAGACAGGAAGCAGAACUGGGGGUAGCAGAGAUGAAAUUACUGAGGUUCUCAUUGGGAGUGACCAGGAUGGAUAGGAUCAGGAAGGAGUACAUCAGAGGGACAUUACAUGUUAGAGGCCUUGGAGAUAAAGUCAGAGAGGCCAGACUGAGAUGGUUGGGACAUGUCCAGAGGAGAGAUAGUGAAUAUAUUGGUAGAAGGAUGCUGGGGUUAGAGAGGAAGACCAAAGAGGAGGUUUAUGGAUGUAGUGAAGUAGGACAUGAGGGUAGUUGGUGUGAGAGAGACAGGGUUGGAUGGAGGAGAUUGAUUUGCUGUGGUGACUCCUGAAGGGAAAAGCCCAAAGAGAAAGAAGAUGACACUAGUUUGCUUUGUCACCUACGACACAAAGCUACAAUGUUUUCUUCAGAUAGCUUAGCAUGCACUGACCUACAUUUAAUUGGUUUAAGCAUCUUUAUCAAAGUCAACCCCGGCAUCCUUCCAUUUAUCUGUAUGGAAGUUCACUUCUUGUUACACUUGUAUGACGAGUAGGAAUGAUAAGUUACUGAAAACGUUCCCUGCACAAUUAAGAUUUUAUGAUGGCAUAUUUUGACACUGGAACAGAUUAUUUUCUUGUUCCAUUGUUUCCUAUGGGACAAUUAACAUUGAAAUUCAAACCAAUCAGAGGUUUAUCAGCAUUCUGUAAUUGAUUUCUUGUCCAAAUUGGAGGUUCCUUUGUAUUGUAUUGUAAAGUUUCUGCUUCUUUUCUGUGUGUUCCGAGUGGUUUGACGUGGGAGGGGCCCAGUUUGACAAUAUGUCAGCACACCAUUUGUUGGAAGUAUCAUUGCUGUCAGACUUUCACUCUUAUCAGGUGAAAAUGCAUUACUAUAUUUUUCAAAAAAUGUGAAUACCUAAUAAUGACUUUUUAAGCAUCGCACACUUUUAAAUUAUGAAAUCUGAUUUUGUUGAUUCAUGAACACAAUAUGCAAAGUAUUAUGCAAUUAAAAAAUAAAAAGCAAAUACUAUGUAGGAAAUUAAAAGAUCCCAAUCUCUUUGUUUAAAAAAAUGAACAAAUGAACUUAAAUUUGCGAGGAUGUUUAAUAAUGUUCACAAUGUCUUGCUCUAUGUGCACCCAUAUUUUACAAAAACAGGUUUCAUGGAGGUGAGAGGAGCACAUACAAAUCUUUAAUAAGAUGAUAAAAACAUAAAAAUUCAAUUAAAACCUCACAUGACAUUUGUUGGGAGUCAUGACACACACAUGCAACACUAACUUCAAUUUCUUCACAUUUUAACACACUGCAUGUGUGAACCCCCCUAACACUUUAUAAUUAUGUAUACCAUGUACUAUACUGUAUAAUUAUGAGAUCAGUGUACUAUACACACAAGUAAAACAUAAAAACAAACCACAGUGUAUUCCACCAGGAAUCAGCUGGGAUGCAAGUCAGAUUCAAAUGAAAAUUCAACAAUUAAACUAUAAAGAAAAAAGUGACUAAUAUAUUAAAAUGGAUAAAAAUAACAUUUUUGUCAGAUUGUUGCAAUCGUGUAUAUUGGGUGAGAGUUUCUUUCCAAGAAUUUUACAUUUAAAUGAACCUGAACUCUCCCUUCAUAAGACUUGUGUGAACAAAAACAAGACUUUGCUUCCCCUCCCCCUAUCUGGCCGGGGGUGGGGGCAUAGUUUGUGGUUCCUGUCGGAGAUAUUGGCUGUUGCUCAGCAGGAUCGGGCGGGGCAGGAUGUCCACUCAGCUCAGGCGAAGUAUGCGUAGAGAAAAAUGUUAACGCUGACCAGCAGGAGGGCGUUCAUGCAGCAGAACCUCGACCAGAACACGCUCUCUCUGACGCUUGGAACCCUGGGAUAUGACUGCUGUGAGCUCUGAACUGCUGAGACGCACAAUCUGAGUCCCUGACUGCAAGUCAUCGGACCUGCUGGCUCAGAGUCUGCACACGCACAGACAAACAGUCAGAGGAAGUUGCUCAAUUACUGUGUCAUCAUGUGUGUGUGUGUGCUGAUUUAUGUGAUGGGUUAACUUGCUGUGGAUGUGUUGUGUUUUUGUUUUGUUGCACCGUGAGCAAGUAUGUCUUUCUGUUAGAUUUUAGAUUUUUUUUUUAACCCAAUAUGGCGCACGUUCCAUUCAACCUGAAAGGUUUUGCUGUAUUUAAAAUUGGUGCCAAUACCUGGAGAACUACGGCGGCUGACAGAGGACACUUUCUGUAGAGCGAUUUCUCUGGGAGGCUCCUCGGUCAGAGUCCACCAAGUCAGGUUCCUUACCUGAAGAGCAGAAAGGGGAACUCAUGGUUGUAAUGUAAACAUCAUUCAUAUAUAUAUAUAUAUUAUUUGCUUGCUGUGCAUGUGACGCGGGUAAUUCUGGUGGUGCAUUAACAGGACAAUCCGGAUGAAUUGAACCGAAUUGUUUGAUUUCUUUGGAAUUGUUCCAAUAUCAACAUCUAGUAUAAGCAAUGCCAAAAGGAGGCAUAUGUCAGUAAGUCAACAUCCCCAUGCCUACAAAUAAUACCUUUUCAAAUCACAUUCAGUCUGGAUUAGUUGCUUUAUA